AAGAUAUCUCUCUCACGUCCACGAUCGAGUUGAGCCGCUGUUUAUUUAUUUAUAAUAGAGUAACAACAGUUGGAUAGCCUCAUAGGUUUAAUAACAGCUUGUGGAGUAACUGGGGAGAAGAACGGCACCAAUAAUAUCCAUGAAAUUAAUUCCACUUGUUUGGGUUUUACUCUCUGCGGUGAGUGAACUGACGUCUGCGGACAACUUUGAAGUAUGGGGUAGCUGGUACGGUGGUUUUCUAGGCCAGGUCUGCUUUACAGCGCCACCUCAUUUAAAAGGAUGGCGGUUACUUGUAAGAUUCAGGAACGAUGUGGAAGGAAUUACCACUUGGAAUUCCUUCUUGGAAAGGAAAGUUGAUAAUCGAAAUUUUAUUCUUCGAAACAACUUUUUUAAUGGUACCCCACAACCUGGUACUAAGAUAUGUUGUGUCAUCGAGGGUCGAACCAAGAACAGCAUCAAACCGGAAGCUGUAGUGUUCUUGAGUGAUACCUCGAGAACCGUCACCACAAACAGACGCCCAACAACAGCAACCAGACGCCCAACAACAACAACCACACGCCCAACAAUAGCAACCAGACGUCCAACAAAAACCAGGCGUCCCAUAGCAAAACCAGCUCCAAUGCCACCAGCCAGUUCAGGGAAUACACCAAAUUAUGCCGAGGUCUUGGGAAAAUCCAUCUUGUUUUAUGAAGCUCAGAGAUCUGGUGUUCUACCAAAGGACAAUCGUGUUAAAUGGAGAGGGGACUCAGCGGUUCAUGAUCAGGGUCUUCAUGGUGAAGAUCUGUCUGGUGGUUGGUAUGAUGCUGGUGAUUAUGUGAAGUUUAAUCUACCUAUGGCAUCAGCUACUACCAUGCUACUGUGGGGUCUCUACACAUUCAAAGAUGCUUAUACGCUAACUAAUGAAUUAGACAACAUGUACAAAUCGGUCAAAUGGCCACUAGACUAUUUUCUAAAAUGUUGGAACCCUAAAACACAGGAAUACUAUUAUCAGGUAGGGAGCGGUAAACUUGACCAUGAUUACUGGGGACGACCAGAAGAUAUGCACAUGCGUAGACCAGCAAUGAAAGUAGACCGACAUACACCAGGAAGUGACGUAGCAGGAGAAGCAGCAACUUCUUUAGCAUUGGGGUCAAUCGUCUUCCGACAGAAAGAUAGUGCAUAUUCCGCCAAAUUGUUGUCAGCCGCCAAAAGUCUUUACAAAUUCGCCAAAGAGGUUCCAGGAAAGUAUCCUCUGAAAGAUUAUUAUGAUUCUAGCGGUUAUAAAGAACAGUUCUAG